GGCAACUCCGCAACUCCGGAGUGGCCGACCAGUGGACCAGGAGAUUCCAACAAUUCCGAGCAGUAAUCGCAUCGAAAAUGGGUGCCACGGCCUCGUGCAAGACCUCCGGCAGUGGCUAUCCGGAGCACGAUGAUCCGAGCUACCGCAAGUGCCAGGAGCUCAAGAUGGAGCGCUGGAUCCAGAUGCACUACCAGAUCAAGCAGCGGGAACAGGCCCUGGCCAUUGCCCAGCACCGGGAGCUCUUCUACUGGCUGAGUGGAUUCUACGUGAGUGCCCUGUACGGCUGCGCCAGCUACUACCAGCGGGUCAAGAGGGUGUCCGCGCUGGCUCCGCUCCUGCCGCUCACCUUCGUGAUGGGAUACUAUACGGACUGGGCCUACGGCAGCAAGCUGCACCGCAUCCAAGCGGAGGCCAACAUGAUAAUGGAGCACGAGCAGGAGUUGCUCCACUGGCCAGGCGGCCUGCCCACAGUCGCGGGAAUCGAUGAGGCCCGCGUGGAGACCGAAAUGGAUAGAAAAAUGCAUCCUCACCACAUGUAGAGGCAAAAGGCUGCCCCUCUCCCCGUUAGUCUGUAGGCGGGAUUGGGUUCUAGUGCUCAGGUCCCCAUAAAAGAAUCACACAACACAAUCAAUAGGAUUCAGCCAACAAAUCAGAAACAAAAUUAGCAAAUCACAUUCACACACAGUUUCAGGAGUUUGAAGAGCCCUUAGCUAGGAUUGAAUAUUUUUAAGCAUCAACAUUGGAGAAUGCUGAACUGUAGGGACCAUUAAAUAACACUUAACAGCACUUAAUUGAACAUAAAACUACGUUUACCAACACUUUUUCAUAUUACAACGACUCAAAAGCAAUAUGAUCAACCUAGAACAGCACAAAUCAGUUAUAGAAUUAUUAAAGAUCUUCCACCCAUAACUUUAGCACUUCACAUCGAAUUUUUUAGUUUAUUAUUGAAUAACAAUUACCUGCCCUUAUCUCGAAAACAUCAUAUCAUUAAGCUCCUGAGGAGCGGUAUUUUUUCCAAAUUUAACACCCUGCACAGAACCCCAGCCAGCCUACAGCGCCAGAUAGCUCAAAUAUAGGCCCAUAUAUAUUUAUAUUAUAUAUAUUUAUAUUCAGACCUCCUCGAUAAC